UACACAAAUCAUGCUAAAAUCAUGCUAAUUGCUGUAAUUAUGCUAAUAGUUUUAUGUGCUUAUUUAAAAAAUGAGAGUUGAUACAUUGGUAGUGAGAGUCUCUGAGUAAAUGAGAAUAUAUUUUAUACACACCUAGACCUAGACCUGGGGAAACUUAUCUAGACAUUUGGAUCUCACUUUAGAGUUCAUAUUGGAUCCAGGACAAGAAUUUUUCAUACUUUAUAUGCACCGUUAAGUUUAUAUCUUUAAUGAUUGGAUAUCUGAAAGAUUUUAUUGUUGUCAGUACGAAAUGUUACAAUUAACUGCAGCCCAGUUAGUUUCAUCAGAUUUGUUCAAGAAAGUUUUUAAUUGUGCCUCUGGGGCUUCACUCCCUGUUUAGGUAUAAAUAAAUCGUCUUGCAAGUAAUUCUUGGAAAUUAGGUGAUGAUACCUUCUUUUAGGGUUUAUGUAAUUUAGGGGGCAUACUAUGAUAAUUACUAUUUAGUAAGUAAUGAUAGACAUAAACGUGGAUCGAUAAAGACAAAGUGGGCGAAAUUAUGUUUGGGAUUCGGUGUGCCAUGCUGUGCCAUUCUGUAAAUUUUUCAGUAGGAAAUACUUUGCCUAACCUUUCAAAAUUUAACUUUUUUAGGGUAUGUUUAGAUGAGGUGAGGGAAUGAUAAGUAAUGGAAUGGUAAGAAAACGUAAGGAAGGGGAGGAGUGAGGAGAGUCAUAAUAAAAAAAAUUUCAUGUUUGGAAAGAAGUGAAUAAAUGGGAAGAUAAAGGGAGGUAAUAUAUAUUUUUUUUUUAUGUUUGUGAAGAGGUGAAGGACGGGUAAAUUUAAGUGGUUCAGAAAUAGAAAUAUUCAUAAUUAUUUUCUCUUUUUACUUCUUUUUCAUCGGGGUAUUAAAAAAAUUGAGAUUUGAGGGGAAAGGGAGGGUAAAGUUUAUUCUUAUUUACUCUUAUCCUCUAUUAAUGAUAAAAUAAUUAUUUUUCUUUCUUUACCUUUAUUUAUCCCUCUCUCACCUUCAUCCAAACAGAUUCUUAAUGUUCAAAAUAUUUGGACCAUAAAUUUGUAUUAAAAGUCUGUGAUGUAAUUUUUAAUAUGUUUAUGCUUUAAUGUUGGAUUUUUAGUGGUUUACCAUUUAGUUGUCUGCUUUAUCUCAUGCUGUACUACUUAUUCUUCACAAUAUUUCUUCCUCGAAAUGCAGCUGUGGAUGAUUUCAUCCUAAGCUGUAAUUUAUUUUUAUUUCUUUAGUUGUGUGUUCUCUCUACCUUUGGUGGUUUUCUGGGCAUCUACUUUCGUUCAACUGAUAAAAGAAAUACCAAGGUGUCACAUUGGUAAAAAGAUUUUCUGAAAAUAAUGCCUGUUUACAGAAGCAUGGACUCAUACCCCCUGCAUGGAAACCAAAUGCCUUGGAAUCAGAACUAUCAUCCAAGCUUUGAGGCUGUUCCACCUGUUGCAAAGGUUGAUCCAUCCAAGUCUGUUGUCAUCAAUCAUCCUUGGCUUUACCCUAACAGUUUUGGUUAUUCAGUUCCAUGUUACCACUAUUGCAGCCAGGGUAACUUCCCUUGUUAUUGUAGUUAUGGACCUCCUCCUUUUUCAUCACCACAGUUGCAUUAUUGUGGAUAUCAUCCUCCAUUUCUUGAUGUGGUCCGUCUACAUUAUGUGCCCCCACUACAUUAUUUGAGGGAGCUACCUAGGUAUGAAUAUGACAAGCCCAGAAACAAUGAUUAUCACUGUUGUGGGUGCCGUAACCGUAAACAUGACCAGAGAAAUGGUGAAAGUGUGAGGAUUGAAGAGCAGGAGCCCAAUAUUGAAAAUAAGAAGGAUGAGUUUUUGGUUCCAUUUCCAUUGAAAAAUUAUCCAUAUCCAGUUUUGUGGAUUCCGCCUGAGUAUAUGAAGAAUGAAGAGAAUAGGAAGUCUUUGGAAUCAGAUAUGGCUAGGAGGGUGAAGUCUGACAAGGCUUCUAUAGAUAAGAAGCAUCCUCAAAUUGUAAAGCUCUCUGAACAGGACCCAGGAGUGUGGAGUAGCUGGUUUCCAGUUGACAAGAAAAGCCUUCAAUCUUUAAUGCAAUGUGACAAUGGAAGGAGUACUGCAGAUCAGAAAAAUGAGGACAACAUGAGACAAUUUCCAUUUCCUAUUAUCUGGAUGCCUUCUUACAAUAGACAGGGUGAGGCUGAGAAGAAAGGUGUGGAGAUGGACUCUGCUCCAAAGUCUGUGGAAGAGGUAGCUUCUAGUGGCAAGUUAUUCCCAGUGAAAUGCCCCAAUGGUGAUGAUAGCAUGAAUAAAUCUCAAGUGGGCCAUGAGAAUUCUGGCAGCCAGGCGGAUUUGGAGCUGAAUGAUAAAAGUUCUAAACAAAGAAGCAUUCCUGUGAAACAAAUGGAAGCACCUAAGGAGAACUCUGAAGAUGUUGAGCAGAGAGGAAGAGAUGCUUCUGUGAAAAAUGCAGAAGAUAAUGGGAUGGGAAAAGCUACUGCAUCCAGUCCAAAAAGACAGUCAUCAUCCUCACCAAAGACAUUAAAGUUAUCUCCUGUUUGUCUAAGAGUUGAUCCCUUGCCUCAGAAAAAGAAUGGUAACACAAUCUCCAGGUCUUCCAGUCCUCCUGGGUUUAAAGAACAGUCAAAAGAUGCAGCAAAGGAUAAUCCCAUGGCCUCAAUUUCAUUGGACGUGAAAUUAAAGAAUUCUCAGAAUUUACAAGCUCAGGAAAGCACUUCAAGCAGCGGCACAGAAGCAGAAGGAAAAAACAAGGACAAAGUUAUAGAGGUUGUGCAUAGGAAGACUGGUGAAGACAAGGAUGAAGAACAGAGGAAUGGCUGUCAAACCCAACAGUUUCCAAUUACUUCGUCUGUUGAUUCUGAAAAUGAGUCCUCCAGCAACCUAACUGCAGAGAAGACUGGAAAAAAUGAUGACAACUGUGUAAUCAAAGAGGAUAAAGGAUCAAGAAAUGCAGAUGGGCUGGCAACUGAGAUAGCAAAUCAGAGGAAGGAAACAAUUAAUGCAGGCAGAUCUGAUGAUGGGGAACCAAAAGAAGAUAAAAAAGAACUAUUAGAAGAAGAAGCUGCUCUGCGUAUCCAGUCUGCUUACCAUGGGUUUGAAGUUGGAAAAUGGGAACUACUGAAGAAAAUAAAGCAAAUGGCUAAAGUCCAGGAGCAGGUUGUUGAGGUUAGGAAUAAGAUUUGUGGUUUAGAGUCCUCUCCUGAUCUCCAAAAAGAUGAAAGGCAAAGGGUGGUAAUUGGGGAAACGAUAAUGAGCCUUCUUCUAAAAUUGGAUACUAUCCAGGGAUUGCACCCAAGUCUCAGGGAUGUUAGGAAAUCUUUGGCAAGGGAGCUCGUAGAACUGCUGGAGAAGCUUGAUUUACUUGCGAAAGCUAAUUCUUCUGAAAAUCAUUGCAUUGAGCCUAAUAAUAUCACAGGCAUUGAAGGAGGACAAAAUGGCGAUAUAGCAGAACAUCCAAAUCAUGAUGCUUGUCAAAUGAUGGACGUAGUGUCUGACACCCAGGCUAUGGAAGCUUCAAAACUUCCCGUUGUCAGAGGAGCAGUCUCAGAGGAGCAGACGAAAUGUGAAAGUGAUGUUUUACCAGUGUUUACGAAGCUUGAAUCUCAUUUGGAAGAACCGGAGCUAAUGACUGAGAAUCAUGUGCCUUCUGAGAUUAAGCAAACAUUCCAAUUGCCAUCAGAGAGGAGUGGUUCUAAGGAGAUGGCAGGAGCCCAACUUGAUGAUAUAUGGUGUGACCGAAAGAGUGAGGAAAGGUCUGAAUCAGUUGAAGUGAACGAAUCAAAGCAUAUGGAUAAUAACUCUCAAGUGAGCAAAACAGAAUUGCCGGAAAAUGUAACUGACAAGGAGCCUGCUGCUUCUGCUGAGGACCCCCAAAUUGGAACAAGUUUAAUAGGGUUAAGAGGGGACAAAGAGGUGGAAUCAAAUAUAUCUAGUGAUUUGAUUUCACCUAUUGCUGUAAUUGGUGAGAUGACCAUGCCUGAAGAAAUUCCAGAAAUGAAUUUACUGCUAUAAUUGCCUGUAGGAGUAGUUGAUGAUGAGGAAUCUGAGAAACAAGAACAAACUGAAAUUCAGGAUAAUGAAGUCUUACGUGAUGAAGAUGUGGAAUGCGAAGCUGCCAUUGAUGCAUUAGAGCUGCAACCAAAUGAACUGCACAAGGGUGGGCAAUUGACAAUUGAUGAUGGAGGAGUUCAAGUUAUAACUGAAUCAGAACAGCAGCCAAUGGAACUGCUCAAUGAAGGGCCAACAGAGACUGAGGUGUCUUCACCAGAUGAGGAAGUUCCAAUUCGGAGCAAGUUAAAGCAGCAGUCUAUGGAAGAGGUUAAUGAAAGACUCUUUGUUGCUGAACCGCAUAAUUGGCUAGAUGUUGCAAGUGAGAAGGAUGGUGGUUGCCCCAGAAACGCAAUGCCUGAAGCAGAUGCCCAACAAUCACAAUCAUUGCUAUUCAACAAAGACGAUAAGCAGAGGGAAGAAUCUCCACCAGGGGAGAUGCAAAAGAGCCCCUGCUCUGCAGAGAGAGAAUCUUGAUGAAUGAUUCUGUCUCCGGUGAAAGAUGCACACAUUGGAGAAGAUCAGGAUAAUGUAGCCCAGCUUACAGCAAGGGAUGGAAUUGAAGAAAUUGUACAAGAAGAGAAAGAACUUCAUGUUCUGGAGAUGGUGAGUGGCUCUGACAAAGUGGCUAAUCAGCAUUACGGGCUGAAAACUUCUGAGGGAGAGCCUGUAGUUGAGGCACAACUAAUGCUUACUGAGCAUGAUGAAGAGAAGAGGGAGUUAUUACCUGAGCCCUCUGCUGCCAGCGAGCUGUCUGUCAAGGAGCAGGGAAUAGAGAUGGAAAGUGAUAGUAAGCUGGUUGAAGAAAAUGAAAAAAUGGGGGAAAUGCUGGAAAAAUUAGUUGAGGCAGGGAAAGAACAAUUGGCAGUCAUAUCCAACCUGACUGGUAGAGUGAAAGAUUUAGAGAAAAAAUUGUUGAGGAGGAAGAAAAUGAAAGCGGGACGGUGUAGAACAACAGUAUCUCCAACUUCCUACGCAACACCAUCAGAUAAGUCCCCAAGGAAGAGAGCUAUUGGCGUGGUAAUGUAAAGCGUAUUUUGGAUUUUUCGUUUGUCACAAUGUAUAGCUGCGGCUAUUGACGUUCAUGACUAACUAGCGCGCAACGAUCAUCUCUCUGCUACAUAUGUUCGCGUGUGUGAUACUUACAUAAAGUUGACUUUCAUGUAUCUAAUGCAAGUAAAAAAUAAUGCAGGUCUUGGAAUGUAAUGUAUUUUGUCACUAGUACCUGUUUUGGAGUA